ACGAACGCGUAUUAAUAUAGCUAAUGUUUAUGCCGCACGCACGUUUGAAUACCAGCGCUAGUUGUCCUACUCCUGUGGCAGUGCUUUUGGUAUUCUGUCAAAUUCCAGCUUUACUGAAGGUGACAGUAUGAUAUCAUGGCGAUGUUGAGGGUAAUCUGCAACUUCAAACAACGACACAAACUGUAACAUAGACUGCACCUCACAGCUCAAAAAUGGAGUCCGGUGAAAGGCCCUCAUCGGCAAGAAAAGCUGGUCCAUUGCCCUCUGGUAGUAGGAAGGCUGCAUUCAGCGGAUAUAGUGAAGAGACACGUCCCGUAACCAAUCACAAGAAGAAACGCAAAAAACGCCCAAUAUCUAUCGAUGUUACAGGCACCAAAUAUGAAGUUGUAAGGAAAGUGGCAGAGCAGUAUGGAGUGUUGACAAACAGAGAUGACGAUCCCAACUGCUUCUUGUUCUGGAAUGACACAGCGGUUCCUGCUGAAAGAAUAGCAGAGCUGAAAUCAUAUCAGAGGAUCAAUCACUUUGCAGGAAUGGGGGAAAUCUGUCGCAAAGACUGUCUAGCGAGAAACAUGACCAAGAUGGUAAAGAAGCAUCCAGAAGAAUUUGAUUUUGCACCUAAGACUUGGAUCUUCCCAGCGGAGUACUCCAGUUUUCAGAACUAUGUUCAUGAUCUCAAGAGAAGAAAGAAGACCAGGACUUUCAUUGUCAAGCCUGCGAACGGAUCCAUGGGCCAGGGGAUCACGUUGUAUAGGAAUGGUGAACGUAUACCAGCUCAAGAUCACAUGAUAGUACAGGAGUAUGUGGACAAACCUUUCCUUCUGGAAGGAUUCAAGUUUGACCUGCGUGUCUAUGUCCUGGUGACGUCAUGCGAUCCAUUGAGAAUCUUCCUCUACCCGGAUGGCUUGGUCCGUAUGGGAACGGAGCAAUAUGUAACACCUACUGAUAACAACGUGGAUCAACUCUACAUGCAUCUCACCAACUAUUCAAUCAACAAGAAGAACACAAACUUCCAGCGUAGUUCUGAUGUGAGCACGGGAAGCAAGCGUUCGAUCUCCUACCUGACCGACUAUCUCAAACGCAAAGAUUAUGAUGUCACGACCCUCUGGAAGAAUAUUGCGGAUGUGUUAGUGAAGACCAUCAUCGUUGCUGAACCACAUGUACUCCAUGCCUAUCGUAACUGUCGACCUGGAGGCACUACAAGCAAUGAGAGUGUGUGCUUUGAGGUCCUGGGCUUUGAUGUACUCCUGGACAGGAAGCUCAACCCUUGGGUGCUAGAGGUCAAUCGAGCACCUAGCUUUGGCACUGAUGAGAAGAUUGAUCUGGACAUUAAGAGUGGUCUGCUGACCGAUUCAUUCCGUCUCAUCAAUAUGAGAACAUCGGACAAGAGGAAAGGUAUGGCUGCACAGAAGGCUGAAUCGCAAAAGAGAUUGCUCAGACCAACCAAACGAAUUUCAACAGCACAAGAUGAGUCUGAAAAGAGGAGACUACACAUCGAGCAGCGCAAGGCUGAGAUUAGGGUUAAGUUGACUCAGGUCCGCAGAGAGAACGCUAGAGAGGAUUAUGAGAACCGUAACAUGGGACGAUUCCGUAGGAUCUACCCACCGCAUGAUAGAGUGCUCAACGACAAGUAUGUCAGAUUGAUUGAUGAUGCUUUCGAGAUCUUUCUCUCUGGUAGAGCUGCUACGAUACAAAAAGAUGCUUAUCAGCUACUCUCUGGACAAGUACAGGAAGAUGAGUUACUGGACAUGUUACAUCAGUGUGAUUUAUCAGAUGGCGAGAGGGAGGGAAGUGCCAAAGCUUUCAGAGGACCAAAGCCUCUCUCCUCCAUGCCAACGGUUGUCAAUCGCAUGGAACAGGAUGAUGAUGAUGACGACGACGACGAUGAUGACGAUGACGAUUCCGAGCUCUCACCAUCCAGUACUCCAUCAUCCACCACCACCACUAAUGAUGUAACCCCCUCAGAGGAAUGCAUCAAACCUCACGCACCUCCACCUAGAACCUCUCGCCCCCCUACACGCCCCUCUCCUGCACCCAUCAGUCCUGCGGUGGGGGGUAGAGUGAGACCCCAGUCUGCUCAGAGACCAGGAUCAGCUAGACCAGGAUCUGCGCAUAAUAACAUGCGGAGUCUGUCAUCCUCACAGAGAUCUAGAUCUCUUACCCGUCCUAUGUCUUCAACCAAUAGAAUAACAACUGGUUCAAUGGACGACCUAUCUGCUGCCAUCAGGGAUAAACAAGACGAGAUUAUGAAGAAGAUGGCUGCAUCCUUGAAGGAAAUGAGAAUAAAAUUCCCAGGAAAAACAGACGAUGAAGCGAGUAUGAUACUGGAUCAGAUUCAUGAGAGUUGGAAGUACCACAAGCCAAGGAUAGCAUCAUAUUGGCUAGUCAAACUAGAUUCUAUCAAGCGUCGUAAGGUGAUUGACAUCGUACGCUCUAACGUGAAGGCCCUCAUCCAGCGUAUCUGGCGUUGUUCUGACGUAGAGAACAUUCGUCUCUAUCGUAUCUUGAGCAAGGUGUUUAAUAGACUACUCUGGAGUCACGGACAAGGAUUAUGGAAUUGUUUCUCAUCCUCAGGGAGUUCUUGGGAGACAAUAUUCAGCAAGAGUAGCGAGGCGAUAACAGCAUUAGAGAUGGCCUGCUGUAGACGAGUCGUUGAGUUAUGUCAAGAUUGUCUCCUCAUCGUCUACCAGUUUGCUUCUGAUACCAAGACUAACAACAAUGGUGGAUACUCGGAGGGUAGAUCACAUCACAGUACUCAAUCCUCACUAAGACCACCUACAAAGAUUGGAUCCUGGAACAGUGCUAGUCCUACAGCUAUGGUACCAAUCAGCCAGCGUAUGUCACGUCUCUAUCCUACAAACACCCUAGAGAAACUCUAGGACCACCUACAAAGAUAGGAUCCUGGAACAGUGCUAGUCCUACAUUUAUGGUACCUAUCAGCCAGCGUAUGUCACGUCUCUAUCCUACAAACACCCUAGAGAAACUCUAGGACCACCUACGACGAUAGGAUCCUGGAACAGUGCUGGUCCUACAGCUAUGGUACCAAUCAGUCAGCGUAUGUCACGUCUCUAUCCUACAAACAUCCUAGAGAAACUCUAAGACCACCUACUGAGAUAGAUCCUGGAACAGUGCUAGUCCUACAGCUAUGGUACCAAGCAGUCAGCGUAUGUCACGUCUCUAUCCUACAAACUCCCUAGAGAAACUCUAGGACCACCUACAAGGAUUGGUUCCUGGAACAGUGCUAGUCCUACAGCUAUGGUACCUAUCUGUCAGCGUCUCUAUCCUACAAACACCCUAGAGAAACUCUGAAAGAUUCAGGGCCACCUCACCAGAGAAACUAAAACUUGUGAAGUGGUUUUGACAUGAAUUCAUUGACAAGACCACCCAGCAGAUGAUCAGUUGGUAUCAGAAGGUGAUUUUGAUGACACUUUAGUUCCUAGUCCCACUUCAGUUCCUAGUCCCAUUGUGAUGGAUUCAGGAAUGGGAGACAGGACUAGAAAAGCAUUCUAUGUGAUUUGUCUCAUCGUGAGAAUUCUAUCACUCUCUUCUGGGAAUAAGUAAGUUUUCAAAGGCCUCCUCAUUUUGCAUUGGUUGUUCAGAAGGAUUUAGAAGUACUGUGUUGAAUUAUUUAAAGUUUCAUGAGAUUCUACCUCUUAUGUGUCUCAUGUAACGAUGUGCAUUACAGAAAGCAAUGUCCCAUCUUAAUCUUGAUGUGUAUAUUUCUGUAUCAUCCCAUCACUGUAUAGGAGUGUCUAUCCAGCCAGCAAACAUGAUCAGUGCAACUAGAUAUUGCUACAGACAUUAAGCCUCGCUCAGAUAUAAAGUAAUAAACCGUGGCAGUUCAUUUGAUGAUGUCUAAUGUAAUAGUAUUCACAUUGUUGUGUCUUAUAUCACAGUGCUAAGGGAAUACAACAAGGUCCCAUGCAGUUAUCAUUUUUUUUUUUUUUUAAUUGCGAUGGUUAACCACAUCAAAUCUGAGCAAGCCUUACGUGGUAGAGGUCAUUGAUAUGAAAUACUUUCAUUCCAUUUAGUUCUUUCAGGUACAUAGUGUGUCAUCAUGAAAUUGUUUGUCACUAUGAAAGUAUAAAACUAUCUCUGAUGUACUUAACAUCCAUGUAUAUUUGAUUAAUUUCUAUUUGAUUCAUUUCUAUGUUGUAAUAAUCAUUGAAGUAGGCUGAAUAUGCUACAUAUUGUAUUUCUCUGUAGUUUCAGAGCCGAGAAAAUGAUAGUCAAACCUGCAUAAGAAGACGCGUGAAUGGGACAUAGUCUUAAUAAACGGAUGAUGUUUAUCACCUGUUAUUAAGACUACAGUAAUUAACGGUGUAUUAAACACACUUUUUUUUUUUUUUUUUUUUUUAAAGUUUCGAUUUAUGCCCCUCCACCUGGCGCUAUGCCUGGCAAUGUCUCCUAGCUCAGUAAUUGGUGUAUUGACUCACCACU